CCUUCAGUAUUUAAGUGUCAUCAUCUACCAAAAGAAGGCAGUGUGUAAACGCCCUAAAAAGAGAAAUGUGAAAAAAAAAACAAAAAACAUCUAAUUCCGAAUACCAUAAAAUGCCACAGACUUAACGAAGCACAGACAUGGCGUCAAACGGAACAACACCUGAAAUAGUCACACAUUUCGAAACGGUCGACUUAGACAAGGAAAAGGAAUAUGUGAACGGCACUAAUGGUUUCAAUGGUACUAAUGGUACCAAUGGUACUUUGUCACUAUGUGGCCUGGACGGGAACUGCUUGGGGGUGCCACGGACAGGACACCGGCCGUCUAUCAUGGAGGUUGAAUGUGCUAAGGAGAGAACCAGGCUGGCGCUCCUGAAGCAAUGCUCGGCCAUCUUUAAGCAAGGAGACCAGCGGUAUACAAAGGAGAGUCUGCAUCGGACGUUUCAGGAUGAGGAUUUGUUGGAGCGGAUUUUUCGGUUAUUUGACGUGGACACAGCUGAACAUUUAGUGCAAAACGAAUGGCUCGAAUACCUGAAAGAGAGGCUUACGGAGGACAAACAAAUAGACUUCGUCGAGCAAGUAGAAAGCGUCGCAUACGUAUUAUGUGGGAAUGGAGUCAUAAAGCUCGACACGUUUCAACAAAUCCUAAAAAACAAAGUUGUGACGAACAAGUUGUUUAGAGUUGUGGACACGGAUGGUGACGGGUAUGCGACAGGUGACGAAAUCAUGGAGUUCCUAUCUACAGUUACGAGUAGCAGGCCUCGGGUAGGCUUCGACAAGCACAGCGUGGACCGACUGGAGAAGCUGUUCCGGGAGACAGUCGGAGACGAGAAGGAGAUCACUCGAGAACAGUUCCAGAAGAUCGUCGUGUCCAAGAAUCCAUUCUUCACGGAGCGAGUGUUCCAGAUCUUCGACGAGGACGACUCGGGCGCCAUCUCACUGCAGGAGUUCAUCGCGGCGGUGCACCGGUUCGCGGGGCAGACGCCCGAGGACAAGAUACGGUUCCUCUUCAAGGUGUAUGACUUGGAUGGUGACGGUCUCAUCCAGCACCGUGAGCUGCAACACGUGAUGCGCGCAUGCAUGGAGGAGAACGGCAUGCAGUUCAGUGAUGACCAGCUGCUGGAGCUGACUACUGCCAUGUUUGAGGAUGCAGACACUGAACACCGCGGGGCCAUCACGUAUGAGGCGCUGAAGAAGCAGCUCAGCAACCAUGAUGGAUUGCUGGAGAAUCUGUCUAUAAGUAUCGACCGCUGGCUGGUCCCUCCUAAAGAAGAACCAAAGAAGCCAGUCUCCGUCCUCCAGCGCCUCUCCAGCCUGAAGCCGUACCAGCUGUCGCGGCCCUACUUCCGCAACAACUACGUGUACCUCACGUACCUCGGCGUCUUCUUCAUGGUCAACAUCGUGCUGUUCGUGGCGAGAAGCGUCGAGUACCGAGAGGCUAAUGGAUUUGUUAUACUGGCUAGGGCUUGUGGCCAGUGCCUCAACUUCAACUGCGCGUGGGUGCUGGUCCUCAUGCUCCGCAACUGCCUGACGCAGCUGCGCGUGCGCGGCUGCAGCUCGUUCCUGCCGCUGGACCACCACAUCUACCUGCACAAGCUGACCGGCGUGCUCAUCACCAUCUACAGCGCCGUGCAUACUGGCAUGCACUUGUGUAACUUUAGCUUGAUAGUUAUUUACGACGCGAAGGUGAACGCAGCAAACUUCACGCUGUCAGAGUGGCUGCUGACCCAGAAGCCGGGGAUGUUCGGGCUGGUGGCGGGGUGCGCGAACCCCACCGGCGUGGCGCUAGCUGUCAUACUGCUGGUCAUGUUCGUCUGCAGCCAGCCGUUCAUCAGGCGAGGGGGGAGCUUUGAGGUAUUCUACUGGAGCCACCUGCUGUAUGUCCCCUUCUGGCUGCUGCUGCUGUUCCACGGGCCCAACUUCUGGAAGUGGUUCGUGGUGCCCGGUACCAUAUACCUGUCUGAGAGGAUCAUGAGGCUCGUGUGGAUGAGAUCCGAGCGAGGCAAGACCUACAUAUCGUCGGGCAUCCUGCUCCCCUCCCGCGUCACGCACCUGGUGGUGAAGAGGCCGCCUCUGUUCGACUUCCACGCCGGCGACUACGUGUUCGUCAACAUCCCCGCGAUAGCCACAUACGAGUGGCAUCCGUUUACUAUCAGCAGUGCGCCAGAACUGGAAGGAUACCUAUGGCUUCACAUACGUGGUGUGGGCGAGUGGACAAACCGGCUGUACUCGUACUUCGAGCGCGAGCAGGCGCGGCUGCAGGGAGGCGAGGAUCUGCCGGCUAUCGAGAACGGACACCAGAAACUGGCUCGUUCCAUCUCUAGUCAGAGCAAGAAGAGCAGGAAGAGUUCGAUCAACAGCGUCAAGAAGAGGUCGGUGGACUUCUCCCCGACAAGUUUCACCAACCAUGCGUUUGUUGGAGACGAUGCUCUGAGUUUGGAUCCCAAACCUAUUGAAUUGCCAUCAAUAACCACAAAGGUCUCCUACCACCCCUCGCUGCUGGCGCCCGCCAGGACUCUGGAGAAGUCCCGCUCCAUGCCUGAUGUGCAGAAGAAUGUUAAGAAACGGCAGAGAUUGAUGGCCCUCCGCGACUUCAUGCGCUCGGAGUCGGAGAGCAAGCUGGACGAGGACUCGCUCCGCAGCGCCCGCAAGAGCUUCGGGCUGGCGAGCCGCAUCCCGCACAACAAGUCGCUGGUGCACAGCUUCCGGUACAUGCGCACCAAGCCCACCAUCAUCGCCUUCAAGACGCCCAGCUUCGAUGAGAGGAGACGGAGUAAUGAUAGUAUCUUGACUCUCGCUCGUCGGCGGUUAUCGAAGAGUCUGUCACCCGACAGAGAUGUGGAGUCCCAGCCCGAGAAAAUAGAUGAAAAUGAUGGCUCCGUGGUCACCGAUGAGUUUGAGAACUACCCUGUGGGAAAACCUUUGGAGAUCUACCUGGACGGUCCGUACGGCGCGGCGUCCUCCCACAUCUUCGUGGCGCAGCACGCGGCGCUGGUGGCGGCCGGCAUCGGCGUCACGCCCUUCGCGUCCAUCCUGCAGGCCGUCAUGUACCGCUACUGGAGCGCCAGGAGGGACUGCCCCAGCUGCGGACACUCCUGGGCUGCUGAUAUGCCCACGCAGAAUAUGAAUCUUAAGAAGGUGGACUUCUUCUGGAUAAACCGCGAGCAGCGCUCGUUCGAGUGGUUCGUGUCGCUACUGUCGCAGCUGGAGAUCGAGCAGGCGGAGCUCGGCGGCGCCAUGGAGCGCUUCCUCGAGAUGCACAUGUACAUCACCAGCGCGCUGCAGAAGUCCGACAUGAAGGCCGUGGGGCUGCAGCUGGCGCUGGACCUGCUGCAUGAAAAGGAGAAACGCGACUUAAUAACAGGCUUGAAGACCAGAACGAACGCAGGCCGUCCGAACUGGGAUAAAGUGUUCAAACAGCUGCAGGAGCAGAACAAGGGCAAAGUCACAGUGUUCUACUGCGGGCCGCCGCAACUCGCCAAGAUCCUACGCGUCAAGUGCGACCAAUUCGGAUUCGCUUUCAGGAAAGAGGUAUUCUAACUUCGUUUAAGUACUGAACUUGGCUCAUAGCACUGCCUUUUUUAUGAAGUUUUUUUACCUUUAGCAGAAUUUUUUAUUUGUUUUCUCCUGAAGUAAUGAUGUUUUGUCUUUUGGUUAGCAACUAAUAGGUAUCUAAAAUCUGUAUAAAUGAAUGUUGGAGAAAACAUGUUUGAAAAUUCGCUAAAGUUGUGUGUCUUAGUUAAAAUUUAUAUUAAAUUAAUUGUGAUUAUUUUUUGUAAAUAA